AUGCAUCCACCUGACCAACAGAACUCCGAACAGACAACCGAGGCCCGCACAGACGCACGGCCACCCCAACCCAAUUCGCCCCCGAAAGGCCAGAGCCGUUUUCCACGCCAAGGAAACCGCCCCCGACCUCGUCUGCGGAGCGAGGCCUUCGCGGGUUUGGGCCUGGUGGCCGCGGAGAUCUUCCGUUACAAUCGCCAGAACUUUGCCUUCGACCAGGACCAGCGCUUCAACCGCGAUGAGCUGCGCUUCAAGAUGCAGGUGGAGCGCUUCCGGCUCUUUCGGCAGGACAUCCGGGACCUGGUGGAGCUCACCGUGGGGAAGAUGGACCUCUAUCACAUGGUAGGCGCUUUGUUCAUCCGCAUGAUCAGCAUCUACUACUCGGAGGGCUUUUUCGCGGAGCCACCGCCCACCUUUCUCCAGGUGGCCUACUACCUUUCGCAGGCCUGUGCUCUGGUGUAUUUGCUGAUGGCCAUCUGGCUCUCGAUGCACGCCUCGAUCAAAUCUCAUAGCUACGCCACGCGGCUCCUCACGAGGUUCGUGCGCUUGCCCAUCCCUGGCUGCGAUCAAAUCAACCUCCUCAAUGCACGCUACGCGGACUUCGAAAAGCAAGGUGGACAGAUGCUGCGGGUUCCAUUCUUUGUUCGAGGAGAUAAUCGAUGGGAAGAACGAACUGAACAGGUCACGGGGGCGGCCUCCAUGGCCAGCACCGCCUCCAGCACGGCCUCGGAUGCCGGUGGAGCCGGAGGAAACGCUGGAGCGAAGGCGUCGGAUGAGCUGGAGAAUGGUGAGUAUGCCUAUGGAGGGGAUUCCGACAUGCUGGGACGCGAGCAGGAGCUGCUCGAGGCAGUGGAGUUCCGGACGCAUCGCCAUGUGCAGAUCUUUCGGCAACUGCAAGCGAGGUGGCAAUGCUUCGACGCCUAUGCACGUGUUUGCAUGUCCUUCGGCGUCCGCCACAUGCUGCAGUCCAUCAACUACUAUUUGCUGGGUUUAUGCAUGGUGCAACUCUAUGUGCCCCAUGUCGGCUUCGUGUUAACGCUGGUCUUCCAGGCACUGGCGGUGAACAUCACCAUCCUGGACGUUCAUAGCUUGCCUUGCUGGGGGACCUUCGACCUGUCCUUCAUUGGCUUCCUUCCUGCGCUGAUUGCCUGCGCUGCAUUGUUUCUGGCCACCAGAGCGAAGGAGGCGUUGGUUGAAGAGAACUUCUAUCCGGCCUCUGUGGCAAUUUAUCCAUUGGAGAUCGCCUGGUUUGAGCUGCUGCAUUGGGUGGCCUCGCCCAGUUCCAAUGAGAGCUCCACGCCCCGUCACUUCCGCGCCGUGCUCUUCAUGGACGUCUUCGGAGACGCGGAGGAUCCCUUGACCGGUGGCAGCCUCACCCGUGGCGCUGACCCAGCGGAGGUCCUGGCAGAGGUACAGCUGUCCUUCGAGGCGUUUCGAGUGGCGCAGUGCUGCUUGAGGCGCUGGGAAGAGGUACCUGGAGAUUGGCUGCCUCUUUCACAGAAGAGAGAAGUGAACCAGUUCAGCGAUUACCUCCGACUGGAAACAGAUGCCUUCGCAGAUUUGUUGCUGGAGAUCGGCUCAGAGAUGCAGGUGGACAACCGAUCCUGGACGCAACUCUCACAGGAUGAACGGCUGGUGGAACCCUGUUCAGGUACAGUGCUGGGCCCCUUUUACUACUCCAGGGGCAGUGAGACGCACAUUUUCUAUUGGGACAUUGAAAACACAUCAGACACAGGGAAGUAUAAGCUUCUAUUUACAAGUCCAGGGGCCAUGCGCGUGCUCACCUUGGACGAGACCCUGAAAGCGGUGAGGAAAUUCCAACAGCUCAUCAGCCACGUGCACAGGAUUUCUGGUGUGAAGUCAGUGGCCAAGCCGGAGCCGGCAGGUGCCCCAAAGUCGGGCCCCGACACGCCGCGGGCGGCUGCCAUUAGCGGAGCCUUCACGCAAAAGGAGACCAAGGAACUCUACAAACCGAUCCGCUUGCCCUGGCGCGCCGUGAGCUGUCUGACGCGCACUACGCAGCUGAUGUGGCUAGGUGUUGGCUUCAUUGCAGCCUUCCGUGAGACAGACAUGAUGAGGUUUGACUUCCAGGUCUCUUACAUCGUGGAGGAGCGAAGGCUUCAAGAAUCGGAUGAGUUGGUCUUCGAGGAGCUUCCGGUGCAGUGGCCCUAUGGCUCGUUCUUCCGCAUCGAGGCCCUCCGUUGCAUGGAGAAUUCGACGAUCGCCGCCGGGGGCCUCGGGUGUCGCCAGCUAUGCCUUGCGCGACGCGAGGGAUCCAGACGGCAUCGCGCAAGUGCGCGAGAUGGAACCGGUGGGAGAGAGGUUUUGUGGACAGAUUGGAUGCCUGGACUUUGCGCCGACGCUUGA